UAAAUUAUGCACUCAGGACAAACAUUGCGAGAAUAAGAGUGUGUUUGUCCUGUGAUGAUAGGUCACACUCCUGCAGUCCUGUCAUCCACCACAUCACAUCGCCGUGUUCAUGUUUCUGGUCCUUUAUGCAGUCCAAUACUGCAGCCCUUUUGACAGGGAGCGCGCAUCCAAAUUUACCCUCCAACUGCGCUCGCUCCCCGUGACUUAAAAAACACGCGUGCACGGCUGAAGGUCACUUAACACAAAAGGCUUUGAGCGCUGCGGUCCAAUAUAGCGCAUGCGCGCUGCCGGAGGACUGCUUCACAGACCGCAAUAUGGCGAGAAUGCCUGCCAGCGGAGACGCUGGGCGGGAUCAGAUGAGCUGCCCCAAGAGGCACGCGGAGGGGGAUAACGAGGGGGAGGAUGAAGAUGAGAUACAUGAGGUCCAGAUCACCGGGGAGGAAGAGGACGAGGAGUCCGAUGGAGAUGGCGUGGACCUGGAGUGGAAGUCACGGGGCUAUGUGCUGGGCUCCUGCAGUUCCGCCGCGCAAAUGCGAGCGGUCGUUAUGCCGAGUAUGGACCGAGAAGAGGAGGGGGAGGCGGAUCCCUUCAGCGGCGGCGGGUCAGGUGGGCUGGAAUCUCACCUGGAGGGAGACCUUCAGCGGUCGGAGCGAAACAAGCUGAGCGAGAACACCCGCCUGGCCACUCGAUAUGCGGUGAGGAUCUUCAGGGAGUACCUCGGCGAGAAAUCCCAAAGUCCGGACUUUGAAACUCUGGACAAGGAGACGCUCUGCGCGGUGCUGCGCUCUUUUUACGCGGAGGCGCGCUCCAAAAGCGGACAGUUGUACAGCAAGUCGUCCCUCAUCAGCAUCCGGAGCUCACUGAAUCGGUAUCUGAACGAGCCGCCCUACUGCCGCACACUGGACCUCACCAAAGACCCGGAGCUUCGUAGCGCCAACCUGACCCUGGCCGCGGUCAUACGCAGGCUGGAGGAGCAAGGCGCUGGUCCCGUGGUGCAGAAACAAGCCAUCACGCGCUCGGACCUGCGGAAACUCUACGAGUCGUCUGUGUUUCACGCCGAUACGCCGUUCGGGCUGCUCAACAAAGUGUGGUUCGAGACCUGCAUGUAUUUCUGCACCAGGGGCCGGGAGAACCAGCGGGAACUGGAGGAGGACUCGUUUGGUCUGGCGGUGGAUGAGGACGGGAGAAAUUUUGUCUAUUUUAAAGCUCUCGGACCGUACCAUAAGUCCCGCUCUGCCGCCUGGAGCAAGAAGCGUCCGGAUCCAGACGAGGACACGUUGCCGCGGAUGUACGAGACCCGCUCGGAGCAGUGUCCGUACGCCAGCUUCGUCCGCUACGUGUCCAAACGGAACCCGCUUUGCAGGGCGUUUUUCCAGCGGCCGCGGGACCACUGCUCUGCAACGGAUGUGGCGUGGUACGAGAACAAAGCUAUCGGUAAGAACCUGUUGGGAACAAGGAUGCAGAUGUUGUCGCGCGCUGCCAAGCUCUCCAAGACCUACACCAACCACUGCAUCGGCGCCGUCUCCAUAGCGACGCUCAAUAGCAUUGUGGGCGCCGCGGGCUCGACAACGUCGACGACGCUUUACGUUGCCACGGAAACAGUCAACGGUCAUGCGCAGUCCAACCUCCCGUACCUCAGUCGAGUUGCGGAUCUGAAGCCGGCUGCAACAACAACAGUAAACACGUCAUCAUCGACAACGACGACAACAACGAAUAAAGUCAUCGCCGAUGAGGACCCGGGGGCUCCUCACGCCAAGAGGCUGUGUGUGCGCCCCGGGACACACGCAGAGUCACUCAUAGAGCGGGACCAGAGCGAGAAGGGGCCCGCAGCAGCCACGGAGUCCCCCAUGCACACCCACCCUGUCACUGCGCGCACACAGGACAGCUGUGUGUCCAGCCAGCAGCAGGUCUCUGUGUCUAUUGUAUCUCAUCUGGGCACCGCCGGCAUCCCCUUACCAGCCCAGCUCACCAAAACCAACGCACCCGUCCACAUUGAUGUAGGGGGACACAUGUACACCAGCAGCCUAGCCACCCUUACAAAGUAUCCUGAGUCACGGAUCGGCCGUCUCUUCGAGGGAACGGAGCCUAUAGUGUUGGACAGUCUUAAGCAGCACUACUUCAUUGAUCGAGAUGGCCCCAUGUUCCGUUACAUACUUAACUUUCUCCGCUCCUCAAAACUCUUAAUCCCCGAUGACUUCAAAGAAUACUCCUUGCUCUAUGAAGAGGCAAGUUUCUUCCAGCUGAAUUCUCUGCAGGCUGCGCUGGAGCGCUGGCAGACCGAGCAGAAAUGUGGAAAAGCGUCUCUGGCGUGUGAGUGUGUUGUGGUUCAUGUGGCUCCGGAGCUCGGUGAGAGGAUCAGUGUGAGCGCCGACCGGGCCCUGAUCAAGGACGUUUUUCCUGAGGUCAGAGGCGUCAUAUUCAAUUCCCAGAACACCAGCGGGAACCAAGAAUCCUCACACGUAAUUCGCUUCCCGCUCAACGGCCACUGCCACUUCAACUCCGUGCAGGUGUUGGAGCGGUUACAGCAGAGAGGGUUCUGGAUCACAGGUUCAUGUGGCGGUGGAGUGGACUCUUCCCAGUUUAGUGAAUACAUUCUACGGAGGGAAAGCCAAGAAAGCAGACACCCUCCUACCCUCAUCCGAAUAAAACAGGAAUUCCAGAACUGAACAAACGGUCUCAUUUUUUGCAAACAUAUCAGGGGCUGAUAUCUCUUGCCAAUAAAUAUACGUCAUAGAUGACUGAAAUGCUAGUUUUCUUUAAUACUGUGCCGCAUUGAUUUUGGCGCACUAGUAUUCUAACACUAAAUUUACCGCUCUGUUCAUGGGAAUUGGACCCAAAGGCUUUUAUCACAUUACAUGUCAUUUUAUAUUGCAUCAUAGUUCAGGAAAUUUAAUUAACAAACAAUUCAUAGAGACAAAUAAACGCUAAACAGUCAGUUUUAUGCUAAUCAAUCAAAUUAAACACCUGAAAAACAAAAGGUACUCCAUCAUAUCAAUUCUUCCAUUGAACAGUCCUGCUCUUUGAUUGCCAGUUGUUUCACUCUGCGUGCGUGCCUGAAAGCAAUCUCCUUUAGCAUCUCCUUUAACGUGCAGGCUGCUCAUCAGCACAAACUACUAUUUCUUGUUCAGACUUUAUAUAGGAUGAUCAAAGCAAUCUUUUUUAUGAUUUAUUUAUUAUGUACUGUAUACAGUAUGUUGUAUUAGGACUGUACAAGUAUGUAUAAGUUGCAUGUACUGUUGUAUUGAUUUUUAAUAAUUGUAGAGACCAUCAGUUACUUUAACCUGCAGAAAAUGUGACAUGUUUGCCUUUGGUAAAGUAUACUUUUAGAGCACAGACUGUAAAAAAAUGUGAUCAAAAUUGGAAGCCUGUUUGGGGAUAUCUGGAAGAAUUCAGCAACAACUUCUUCGUUCUGGUAGAUUUAAUUGUCAGAUCAUAGGUCAAGUAUUAGCACUGCGUUUGCAAAGGCAGUGAGCAGUUCUGUCGGCCCGCAGGUUCGAAGAACAACUGACUAACAUCAGGAAGAACAUUACGUUUUGUUCUGGUUGUUAGAUAUAGAAGAAAAGAUUUUGAUUGGCCCUAAACUCGUAGAUGAGGAGCAGAUCCUCCCGUCGCAAUACUAGAUCCAAUCCCAUACAAUGUGUGGUCUCCUAACAUUAAUGUAAACAUAACGAACAAAGAGGGAGUGUUGAAUAGUGCUUGGUGUGUCUCUAACUCCUGUGUCAUCCUUAUCAGACAUGUGUCUGCCUGGAUGGCACUUCUGAUUUUCCCUCUGACCUUGCGUUCGUCAACCAGGAUAAGACAGUGACUCCCUAAAAGAGCAGUAAGAAAAACGUUUUUGAUUAUCAAGACCAAAAUCCCUCUUGAAAGGAGAACUGUUUCAGACUUCUUGUUUUAGCAUGCAAUAUUUAUAUUGUACAAUUUACUUUGGAAAAUACGGGUAGAAAAAAACAAUAUAGUUUGAUGCUGAUAUUUUUUAAAAAUACUGCAAGUUCAAUAGUCUGCAAAAUAAAUGAAUAAAGCCAAUAUUGUUUACUUACA